UUUCAUUGUUUCUUCUCGCUACUUUUUUUUUUUUAUUUAAUUACAUCCAGUUCAUUUGACGGAAAAGGGUCACUAUGUCUUGUCUGGAUAUUCUAGGCUCACAAGUGAUAACCACUUUAUUAGUUCCUCAGGAAGUAUUUCUCCUUCAGCACAGCGUUUUUCGGGAGUACGGAAAAGUCGCUGUGGGACCCGAUUUUGCGCACACUUUUCCAUCAUUGGUGGUUAUAGCAGCCCUUUUUGUCCUCACUCGAAGAGAACUAGAUGUUAAUUUCAAAAUUUCUAAUAAACCACUGGAGAUAACGAUUCAAAUUUGUGUCAUUUGGAUUAUCAUCAAUGCUGGACUGUGGUACUGGCUUAUUUUUCAGAGGAUAAUUUACUGCUGGAUAUGGUCACACUGGACUCACGAAAUUCAAUUGCCGCAGCCUCACGUCCUUUGGUGGCAACAAGUAUGGCAAUCAUUUUACCCACCACCCACAUCACCAUCCCCCGUUUCCGCAGACUUUAUCAGCUGGAUUCUAUCAAUGAUUAUUAGCGUAAUAAUUCUACACGGUUGCUUGCAUCUUCGUUAUUGGAUAAAGAAAUGCCAAAAUGUAAUCGCCCAAUUAGCAGACCAAUUGAUCUGGGGACUGACGUGUCUGAGAAGAAAAAGGAAAGUGCUAAUUAAUUCUCUGGAUAGCGACACGAUUCCAGAAUUUACUCCGAAAAACGAAAAGAUAUUCUGUGAUGAAUGCCAUUCGGAUAUUUCAUCUGAACAUACAGAUCAAUCGGAAAUUUAUAAUAAAAUACGUGGCAGCAACAUGAAACGCCGAAUUAUCUUCUGAAUGCCAAGAUAUUCACAGUAUAGACUACAAUAAUUCUUCCUAUUGCUUGAAAUAUCAUUUUUUAUACUAGCCUUCGAUGGUUUUU